AUGGUUGAAACAACAAACGAUGCUGCCAUGACGGUGGUGGCCAGAGAGACCUUGAAUAUGCCCAAAGUAGUGGGAGCUCCGUCAAAGCAGAAACUCAAGGAAGAAGAUGAGAUUUUCCGCGGUUUCUUUGGCGCUCCCAUCGGUAUCAUCGUGAUUUUGUGGAAUAUGAUUGUGCCACUCAUUAACAUGUCAGGUGCUGCUCCGAAACAUGUCUUGUGGGCUCUUGUCCAUCUUAAAAUUUAUUCAACUGCUAAUGUUCAUCGCCGCAUUGUUGGUUGGCCAUCUCUUGUGACGUAUCGCAAGUGGACGUGGUACAUUUUGGGAAAGAUUGCCUCAUUGAAAGCCGACGUUAUUAAACUCGACAACCGAUUCGAAGGCUUUGAUAUAAGCAGCGGCGCAACAUGCUUGUUGUCAGUGGAUGGUAUUGAUUGUAUGACAAAUGAGCCUUGGCCUUUCGACACGAAGUGGUAUUCGCAGAAAUUCAAUGGACCUGGUGUGAAAUAUGAGGUUGGUGUUUGUAUCAAAACUGGCCACAUCGUCUGGACGAAUGGCCCAUUCCCUGCUGGCAAAGGUGAUGGAACAAUCUGCAUUGAAGGUCUUUUGAAUUACCUUGCUGAGGACGAAGGUGUGGAGGUUGAUGCAGGCUACAAGGGUCACCCCAAAUUCAAGGCUCCCGUGGUGGCAACAAGCAGGAAGGACAGAAAGGAAAAGAGCGUUGUGAGAGGGCGACAUGAGGCCAUCAAUGGGCGCUUGAAAAUAUUCAAUGUGCUGGUGGCUCCCUUCCGACAUCUCACUCCUCGAAAUAAAAUGAUGGAGAAACAUGGCAUCUGCUUUGAUGCCGUGUCGGUAGUAACCCAGCUCAAAUUUGCCCAUGGCGACUCCACUGUUUUCAGCGUCGAUUACGACGUUGCCUAUGAUUAA